GACGUCGUGGCGGGUGCACUCUGGUGCGUUUUCGGAGCAUUUCGCGUUUGCAAUUUUCCUGCGUGAGAUUUUUUGCUUCCUUUUACUAGGAUAAAAAUAAUAGCUUCGCUAAGAUAUUGCGGCUUUCGCUGGGUGACAUCUCUCCAUAAAUCCUAACCAUGAUAUAACUGGCUUGCGUAGACGCGCCACAUUAGAAUUGUGCUGAGGUUCCGUCAAGCCCAUAUUGGGAGAUCUGCUUGUGCUGUGUUAUUCAGAACAUACGAAUUUGGCUUAGUAGCUGCCGCUAGCAUAUCCAUCAGAUUCGAGGUGUUCAGCUCUCUAAAGUGCAUAGAUGCAGGUCUUAGAUACUACAGCCCAGUUUGAUAUGCUCAUUAUGUGUAAUCUGUGUGUUACUCAAGUGUUGUGUUAGAAGUCUUAAGCAUAUGCCAGAACUUGCUGGUCUCUAUUCUGUAGCCAGCUGCAACUAGGUAGUGCAUUUCUUCGUCUUUGUUGGUCAAUCUAGCACCAAUUAGGUGAAUGUAAAACCGUGUGUACAAUUUUGCAGCGACUUGUGAUCUACAUCAAUAUUGGCCUACGACUUACCAGCUGUGCUCUAAAGCCUAGCACUUCAUAAAGCACAUAAUAAGCAACGCCAACUACAGACCAAGUAUCAGCUUCAGAACGAACGGUAGAUUGAAAAUCGAUUCUUGGUUGCGCUUUCUGGGGUUUCUUGCGGAAGCAGCGAAGCAGAAGACGGGCAGUUCCGUGGUGGGCUUAUGGCCAGGGCCAGAAACCAGCGCGGUGGGGAUUAUUCUUGCUAUACAACCACGACUGACAGCGAAAGGAAGGAGGGAACCCUGACACCGGUAGAUAAUUGAGUGGACUGCCUGAUACACGAACCGUGUCAUCGCGAUGCAAGAUGGCAUCAUCUCACGCCACCACGGUGCAUCAUCGAACGUCGCCGGAAAUGGACGCAUCGGCACCGACAAUGCCUUCUCGGAUACCACCACCAAAAGUGCCACUACCGGAAGCUGCUGGACAGCAAACGGAACGGGUGCCAGCACGACGCAAGUUUUCCAUCACAUUCUCGGCGAGAGCCCACCAAACUCGGCAAAAUCUUCACCCAUUAGGAAGUCAUCUUCCUUCUCUUCGGCUUCCCAUUCACCGGUUCAUGCGGUGCCGAGCUCGGUUUGUAACGGUGGCGCGGGGGAGUUCAAAUUCUGCGGUUACGAUGCACCUUGUGAAGAUUUCGAGUCAACCUCCGGCAGUGGAACUUCGCCGGCGGAGAUUUUCGGGGUGCUAGGAUUUUGGCUGAAGCUACGACACGACUUGACUUCCAUGCCGUGGGAACAGUUGCGCACCGUUAAGAUGAAGAACUCUAGAGCUGCUCCCGGCUGCGCCUACAUUCCUACCGAGGUCGAACACAUCGCCAAUGUGAUAACGCACGGUCUCUGGGUACUUCCGUCGGUGUACGGGGGCAUAAAUCUGCUGUGGCGCAGCUCUAGCCCGGCUCAGGUCCUAGCGGCGCUGAUCUACGGAGCUGCCCUCGCGAUGCUGUUCUUCGUAUCGACCUUCUUCCACUGUGUGUUCUACUGCAACCGAAAUCGACCGCUCAAGGAUGUGCUACAUCGAUGUGAUCGAGCCAUGAUCUAUAUUUUCAUUGCCGGAUCAUACUAUCCGUGGCUCAGCCUGGGUCACACGACCCACCCGGAGAUCGUCUCGGUCAUCAAGUGGUGCAUUUGGGUGAUGGCCAUCCUGGGCAUCAUCUAUCAACAGAUGUUCCACGAACGGUACAAGUGUCUCGAAACGUUCUUCUACGUCGUCAUUGGACUGGGACCUUCGAUAGUGAUCAUACUGUGGGGUCACGAGUUCACCGGAAUGUCGGAACUGAAAUUUGGCGGAUUGCUGUACAUCGUGGGAAUCGUAUUUUUCAAAUCCGAUGGAUUGUUUCCGUUUGCUCACGCGAUCUGGCAUAUGUUUGUGGUUUUGGCAGCUGGAGUACACUAUUUCGCAAUCCUGACCUAUUUGUACCCGGUGGAGACGAUUGAAGCUACUUAAACAAGGACGCGAUAUACAUACGAAAAAAAAGUGAAACAAUGAUAUUAAAGUUGACUUCCAAAAAUAGGACUGUUUAGGAACAAAAUGUUCUGGCUCGAUUGAUAUGCAGGGUGAUUUAAAAAAUGGCAGUUAGUAUACUUUUUACCAACGAUAUUUAAACCAGACAUCACAGUAUCUCGAAGUUAAAAGCCUCCAAGUCUUUUAAAAAUACUUGCAACCCCUUAGUAGUGUUCAUUUUCUUUUUAAAAAAAAAAAAAAAUUAUCGGUAGUCUGCGACUCGAAUAUUUUUUUCAUAAGUUUUUUUCAGUGAGUUAGUUACAGAUAUUUACAGUUAUGCUGUGUCAAACGAAUACUAAGUUAACGAUUUUUUGUGAUAUUGGUUCAUUUUAAGAGUACGUUAAGCAUUUGAUUAGUUAGUGUUAUGUUGGGGAUGAUCGAAAAAAGAGUAUGUGCAGUGCAGAUAAAUAGAAUAUGUCAUGAUGACUAAUGCCAUUCUGGUAUUCUUAUAGUAGGAAUUGAAUGUAACCAAAUAUAGAAGCAUAAACAAUCAUCUAUUGUUCGAACACACAAUACUCAAAAAUCAAUAUUAUUGAAUAAAACAAAAAUAAACCACUUUACUACUGUACACCGAUUACAGCAUAUAUGACGAAUACAAAUACGAAACUGAUCCACCUUUGAAAUAUAUCAACUUGUAGUGUUUUCAUAGCAAUAGUCGUUAGAUAUCCAUCAAGAAGUAUAUAUGUAAGUGUACAAUUUUGAGGAUACCUAUGAACCAAACUUCAAAACGAGGAAGUAAUUGCAGUGUUACGAAGCGAAAAAGGAGCUUUUAUUUAUCCGUAGAUCUUAACGUUGCAUUCCGAUGAAGUUGUUUACCUCCUGUUAAUAAGUAGUAAAAUAUUAUAUUGAAAUCUGUUUUUGAAUCUUACUUACCGUUUUAAUAUCGUAUUUGAAAUACCUACAUUUGGAUUUAACGCGUUUCGUACAUUGCAAUUAGGUCCGACGUUCACAAGUCUACAGGAUAGUUAUAUAUCACACAGUUGUAGCAACACAGUUCCAAUCCAUAAGGCCAAAAAGUUUCAAAUCAUAGAGUAUUUUCAUAGAUCCACCCAGAACUUAAUCUAAUUUUAUUUACAAAGUACAUUUUCUCACUCGAAUAAAACGAAUCCAUACUCGAAAAAUUUUAAAGCUAAAAGUUUUGUAAAAAGGUAGAAAUUUCUUUCAACUGUACAAUGUUGGCACUGCAGAUGAAAUCCGAAAUUAAAGCGCGAAGAUGGAAAAUGUCGUAUCAAGUCAGCAAAAACUCGAUAAUCGGCAAGUUUUUCUGUUGUACUGGUUUUGACACUUGGAAGAUGUUUCUGAUUAAAAUAAAAUGUCGCCAGUGAAUGUUCUCGGCGAUGAUAUUGAAAAAAAAAAACUCUGGUUUUAGGAUUCAGCGACAAUAAACAGUGGCAGUUCAUUAUUUAAUACUAUGCAAAUGAAAAGAAUAAAGUGAUCUUCUGAAAAAGUAUCGCUUCGAAUAGAAUAAACUUUUGAUCAAGAACUUCUGAAAAUCUCUUAUUCUAAGAAAAUUGCCUUCCAAGGUCCUUUGUCCCAAUAUUUGGAAAAAAAUAAAGUUCCACGGCAUAAAUACGAUGAAUAAGGUCACAGUUUAGGCAUUUCAAGCGACCAAGGGGUGAAAACGUGAUUUUUUCGUCCUAAUAUCCACAUUUUAGAAGAAUCUUUACUAACUUUUGACGGUCGCCACGCAAAAGGUUUAAAAUUAAAGUUCAAAUUUAAUAACAAAUCGUCGGAAAAUAUGAACACUUGUUGAAAAAUUAUGAAAUUUUCUGCAAAAUUAAAAAAAAGCUAUUUUUUAAAAUUUAAUGUUUGAGUUAGUCUUGGUACAUCUUCGUACCUGAAAAUUAUCACAUUUUCUCUAAUACUUUCCAUCACCUUUGAAAUGUGUUAUUUUUAUCCGCAAAUCAGUAAAUCAUUAAAAUAUUAUCAUAUCUUAAUCACAUGAUCCAUUCUCGGAUAAAAUUGACGAAAAACUGAGAAAUGUGGUCCAAUUUAUUUAUGGUUGCCUUAACUUUAUAGUUGCCUUUAACUUCCUUUUUUUUUAAAGAAAUGUGGAAAUCGAAAAAGUUUAAACUUAUCUCUACAUUUAUUAAUUUGCUGUAAAUUUGAUAAACGGACUUCAGAACAAAACAAUAUUCUUGGAAUUCAUCCUUAAAAGUAAUUCGAACUUUAGCAAAGUGCUCACGAGGGUCUAAGUAUUUCCCUAUGAAUGUCUGAUUUUAAAAAUCUAUAUUUUUUGUAAGAAGAUUCUUGUGAGAAAAUGUAUUGUGUACAAUAGUAGCAGCCCUAGUAGCAGUAGAAGAUAUUUGUAGCCAAUUCAUCGAGAUGAUUAUAUUAGGUGACAGACGAAAAUAAAACAAGAUAUUAAACUAUAAACCAUCUACGG